AUGACUUCUCUUUCGUCUUCUACUCGUUCUCUAUCAAGUCCAUCAUGGAGACGUUUGUCGCCAUUUUGCGUACCCACGCGUAACGCCGUUCGGAAGGCGGGACAGUCGGGUGACCCAAACAACGAAUUAAUUCGUCGCGUCCUGUAUCCCAGUAAUCUUCGAAAUAGAGAGACGCCCACCGGAACAUGGAGGCCAGAUGUCGCCAAAGCAUUACGACGAGCAAUACCUUCUAAACAAGCUCACGAGACGAUAGAGCGUGCUUGGCUUCUGCACGAACGGCAUAUUCGAUGGAAGCGAGAAGAGGAGGCGAAGCGAAAAUUCGAAUGCAUGCAACGGGCGAUGUCAGAACUAGAAAAAAUCGAUCCGUCUCUUUAUAAGGGGGCGAAUCGUGUCGACGAUCCAAGAAAAGUGUCGCAUGGAGAGUUGGAAAAGCUGAAGAACGUGAGGGGAGCGGAAAAGAAGGCGAUGGAGGGGAGAUUGCCAGGGCUAUUUCCUCGAGAGCUACGGCUGCCUACGGAUACGCCUCCGCGAGCAGGAUGGGAUUAUGAUUGGAAGUCCCCGUCAUCAUCAUAAAAUAGAUAUUUCAUUAUGAUAUAAUUCAGCCCUUUAAGUCACUAGAUUUGCCCACUGUUAGGAUUACACCUUGAUUUCAUCGUAUUCAAAUCAUUACUUCAGUCAC